AUGACUUGUCCACAGAAAGCGUCGUCUUGUGAUGCCUGUCCCAGCGACGGCCACCCCAAUGACCGUGUGGGCGACAUCGAGGACUACAAAGUCGAACUCGAGACGUUACGCAAACGGACUCGCGAGCUGGAGCAGAAGCUUUCCGAGGUAGGCCUUAACCCCGGGGAUGACGCCCGUUCAACGUCGCCCAACCUUCGAUCGGCUCGUUGGUUCAAUGACCACAGGAAUCCCGAGAUGUCGGCGCUCUAUGCUGAACGGUAUCUGAAUUACGGCCUCACCGAAGAGGAGCUAAUGUCGGGCAAACCCAUCGUCGGCAUUGCCCAGUCCGGAUCCGACCUGGCUCCUUGCAACCGCCAUCAUCUGACACUGGCCAAACGAGUGCGUGAAGGCAUUCGGUCCGCCGGCGGCAUUGCUUUCGAGUUUCCCACCCAUCCCAUCCAGGAGAGCUCGAGAAGGCCGACCGCCACGCUCGACAGGAAUCUCGCAUAUCUGGGCCUGGUCGAGUUGCUAUUUGCCUAUCCCCUGGAUGGGGUGGUCCUGCUGACAGGCUGUGACAAAACAACCCCCGCCUUCCUCAUGGCUGCUGCCACGGUGAACAUUCCAGCCAUCUGUCUCAACGUCGGCCCCAUGCUGAAUGGCCGCUUAAAAGGGUCGGCCGAGCGCAUGGGCUCAGGCACCGUCUUGUGGAAAGCCAGAGAUCUACACGCUGCCGGGGAAAUCGACGACGACAAACUCGUCGAGAUGAUCUCAUCCGGAUCUCCCUCUGUCGGUCAUUGCAAUACGAUGGGCACCGCAUCAACCAUGAACGCGCUGGCCGAAGCUCUGGGUAUGGCGCUCCCAGGAUCCGCGGCCAUUCCAGCCGCGUACCGCGAACGAGCACAGGUUGCGUACAAGACGGGCAGACAGAUUGUCGAGAUGGUACAUGCGGACCGCAAGCCCAGCGAUAUCAUGACGAGGGAAGCCUUCGAGAAUGCCAUCGUGGUCAACAGUGCCAUCGGAGGGAGCACCAACGCCCCCAUCCACCUGAACGCGAUUGCUAAACACAUUGGCGUUCGACUGGAUCUCGACGAUUGGGACCGAAUCGGGUUCGAGAUCCCGUUGCUUGUGAACGUGCAACCGGCCGGAGAGAUGUUGUGUGAGGAAUAUUACAAAGCUGGCGGCCUCCCGGCCGUCAUGGCCGAGCUUCUAGAUCAGGGCAAGCUGCACGCCCAAGCCCUGACGUGUAACGGGAGGACCGUCAAGGACAACGUGAGUGGCCAGCACUCUUGGGACCGGCAGACCAUCAAAGCCUACUCCGAACCGCUGAAAACAUGUGCUGGAUUUCUGCACAUGACCGGCACUCUCUUCGAUUCCGCCAUUAUGAAGACCUCGGUUAUCUCGGAUGAGUUCCGGAAGGAGUUUUUGGAAGAUAGCCACGACCCCAAUGCCUUCGAGUGUCAGGCUGUCGUGUUCGACGGACGGGAAGACUUCAUCCGGCGCAUCAAUGACCCAAAUACCGCCAUCGACAAAAGGACCAUCCUGGUCAUGAGAGGCGCGGGCCCGAUCGGGUACCCUGGUGCGGCAGAGGUAGUCAAUAUGCAUGCUCCUGGGCAUCUGCUGAAACAGGGCGUUCACUCUCUGCCGUGUAUUGGCGACGGCAGACAGUCUGGCACGUCAGGUUCGCCAUCCAUCCUGAAUGCAAGUCCCGAGGCAGCGGCCGGCGGCAACUUGGCGCUUCUGCGUGACGGCGACCGGCUGCGGGUUGACCUGAACCAGAGAAAGGUCAACAUCCUGGUUUCGGAGGAUGAAUUGAAAAGCCGCCGGGACGAGCUCGAGGCCCAAGGCGGCUAUGCUGUUCCCGAGAGCCAAACACCGUGGCAGGACAUCUUCCGGCGUGAGACAGGCCAACUGAAUGAGGGAAUGGUCCUGAACUGCGCCCCCAAGUACCAACGGGUGGCACAGCGCUGGCCUGCGCCCCUCCACAAUCAUUGA